GAGCGGCGGCUGUGGGCAACGAAACCCUAGCGAGUGAGGCGGGGGCGCGGUGCAGCGCCGCCUCCUCCCAUCCACCUCGUCUCCCUCCCUCCCAAUCUCCUCCCUCGUCUCCCUCCCUCCCAAUCUCCUCCCUCCCGGUCUCUUUCCCGUCCAUGGACGGUGGUGGCAGCGCCAUGGAGCACGGCCGCACAACUUCGAUGUCGGGGCAGGUGGGCUCGGGCGUUGAACGGCUCCACGGGAGCAGCAGCAUGCGGCGCAUCCAGUCGGGCUUGGGCAGUGCCCCGGCGCCGGACGCACGCGCUGGUUUCCGGCAAGCUGGACAUGGUGAUGGAAGUGCACCCUAUGUUAGUAGGGUCAGCAUCGAUGAAGCCAGAAGGAGGGAAAAUGUCAACCCCGACAAUGAAGAUAACAUUCUGAUGGGGAAUGGUUCAGCUCCAAGAGAGACAGCUUGGAAAAGGGCUUGUAAGCAAUGACAUCUAUUAUAUUUGGAACCAUGGCCCCAAGUUUGGUGGGGGAUUUGAUUGUCGAUACUGCCCCCUAAUCACUAGAGGAGGAGGUGCAACCUGCUUUAGGGAGCACCUUGGAGGUAUACCAGGUGAUGUGAGGGAGUUCCCUAAUGUUCCAAGAAAUAUCCGUGCUGCAAUGAGGGAAUCCCGGGAUGCUCAAUGCGGAAGAAGAGGGAAAAGAAAAAUCUUAGAUGGAUACAACCAUGUUUGAUGCAAAAAAUCCUAUGAUGGAAUGGUUGAAUGAGGAUGAGGAGCAUGCAAUCUUGGAUGGAGUUGAUGCUGCUACCGCCGUGUUUGAGAAAAUACGUUUGCUUAACUCAAGUAGGAAAGUGUCUCGUCUUGCAAGGAAGGACAAUGGCAGGAAAAGAAAGAGGGUAGAGGAAGAAGAGGAUGACUACCAUGAUAGUGAGGAUGAUGAUGAAGAAAAUGAGGACCUGGACCUGGAAAUUGAUGAUGAUGAUGAUGAUAGCCAUGAUGAUGGUGCAAGUCAAUCUGAUGGAGGAGAUUCGCCAAUGCACAGUUGAAAAGGAUUUAGCAAGCCAAGUUGGAAACAAUGUUGAGGUAACAAGUGAUGGUAGUUUGGUGAACCGUAGAUCUGAACGGGUUAGGCAAGCCAAGAAGGUCAAGGAGGUAGAUCACCAGCCUUUACAAUUGACAAGUUAAGCGGCAUGGGAGCAAAAGAGCUUUUGGUUUGAUGAAGACCAACGGGUGGAUGAACAGGAAGUCCUAAGUGAAGGUCUCUGUUCGAUUCAAUACUUUUGGUGCAAGACUGAAGAGUUGAAGAACAGGAAGUCUGAAUUGAACUUUCUGUUUGUAUUUUGGAGUCGGCAUAAUUGGACUUCGAAUGUCGUGUUAAAUUUAUCGUGGACUGUAAUUCUGAACCGUUAUGGGUGUUUGUUUCGGCUCUUGGUAGAACUAUUAAGUCGCAUGUUACUCUUAGUAUCUGAACUAUCAAGUCACAUGUUAAUCUGGACUUUCAUGUUGCUUUUCUAA